AUGCAGGCAAGAUUGUUAGUGAUCCACACUUCAAAGUGGCAGACGGUGGCAGCAGUCGUUCAGGAGAGGCGACAAAGAGCGGCCAACGAGUACAUUACAAAAAAUGCAACAGCCCGACCGAGUUGGCAGCAACUGCAACAGCAACUGCACGUGCUGCAACAACAGCAGCAACAAAUACAUCAACAACAACAACACUUGCAACAGCAACAACACCUCUACAAGCAGCAUCAUUCGCCUAGUGCCAUCGAACGCCGUUCGAGUCAGCAGCAAUUACAAAUUCAGCAGCAACAACAACAGCUUGAACAACAGCAGCAACAACAAAAACAACAACAACGUCCAGAAACCAUUGAACUUGAUCAAGUUAAAUCACAACAACAACAACAACAGCAAUCUUUAACUCGAGUGAAAUCAGAUCCAUACCAGGCACACGACCUCUUGAACUUCAACAGUGGCACGGGAGGAGGAGGAGGAAGGAGACGGCGAGAUGGAAGCGUGGCCAGCAGUUCUGGAUUUCUAGAGGAGAAAGCCCCAUCAACCGCACGUUCCUCAAUCACUUCAGAUCAAUUCCCACUACGAAACAACAGCAGCAACAACAACUACGUUGGAAAACAUAAAAAAUCGAGCGGUAGCAUCACGAACUGCGAAACUCUUUUGAAAACCGACCAACUCAACAACAAUAACAACAUCAAAAUCAACCACCACAACAGAAAUAUUAACGUCAAAUUGAUUAACAAGUCAAAAUCCUUGGUGAGCGAGUUGGUGAAAUGUGGAGAGGUGGUGCAGAUGGUGGCGAACCAGGGUGUGGUCUGUUCGAAAGAUGAUUUUAAAGACAUUCUAGAGAAUUAUGAGCUCUGCGUUAAACCGUUUUUAAAAGACAAAAAUGAAAAUGUUGCUAAAAAUAACAAAAGCAAUAACAGCAACAUAAUCGUUAACAACGAUGACGCUCGCAAGUUCAGCGUAAUAACCCACAACAUUAACUGCAACAAUAAUGACAUUAACAACAGCAGCAACAUCAACAAAAACAUCAACAACAACAUCAGCAACAACAACAACAAUAAUUUCAAACCAGUCCCUGCCGUUACAGAUGAUAGAGAUUUCUUUCAAGUUGACCAAAAUGCUCUUGAAAAUUUUCAGAAAAAAAAAUUCAUUCUUCUCGACGAAGAUGAUGGCAAAAAUGAAACAACUAACAUCAAUAAUAACCUCGUGGACAUUACAUUAGAAAAUGAUAUGAACAACAACAACGCAUGUGACAGCAACAACAACAACACUAGCAACAACACAAACAAAGACAAGGUUAUUAUAGACAGCGAAAACACAAACAAAAACAACAACAAUAUAGUAAACAACAGCAACAACACAAAGAUUAACAACAACAUAGUAAACGAAGAAAACCACGUAACCAACAACAAUAGCAGCAACUGCAACAACAAAAACAACAGCAGCAACAACAACAAUAACAUCAACAGAAAUAGUAGCAGCAGCAACAACACAGCCCCAUGUUUCAUAAGCAUCACGGCAACAAAUGAUUCACCGAACGAAACAACAACGACAUUAAUGGAGGCAACAAAUGUCGAGAAAUUUUUCAAACGAAAAUCACCGCAGCGAAACGACAACAACAUCAAAAAAUGCGAAGAAAAAAAUUACAAUACAAUAUCCAACAACGAGACUGAACUCAAUGCCAGCGUCACCACUCCUUACAUCAACUACAACACCACCACCAACAACAACACUAAUACCUCCACCACCACCAACAACUACAACAGCAGCCACAAUAGCAACAACAUCGUCAACAGCAGCAAUAAGGAUGACGACAAAAGCGACAGAUCCUCUUUUGAAAUCGACCCACAAAUUUUGGGCGACGCCAUUCGUGUCUACAUGGAAUUUAAAUUUUUCGCCACCGAAAAGCGAAAACGUUCGUCGGCUAGUCUCGCGCGAGAAAAAAUUAAAACUCAACAAAAUAUCCGCCUGGAAAGAAACUUCAACAGCAUUGACGACGACGACGACGAUGAGGACGGCGAUGGCGAGUUUGAUGGCUCUGGAGAAAGUUUGGAUGAAAAAAAUGUUGAAAACUGCGCUCAUAAUUUGUUGGAAUAUUUAUGCUCUUUUGGUAAAACCAAAAAAACCCAUCACCAUUCUUAA